AUCUGUAGGAAGACAUGAAGAUGAGUAAUUGAGUAAGUAGUUGUCUUGUUUUCCAGUUUGAGUUUGAUAUUCCCAAAGGCUUAGAAAUAUCAUAGCAAUGUUGAGAGUUUCUGCGUUACGCUCUUCAUUCCCAAUAAUACCCUUCUCUUCCUCUUCUUCUUCUUCUUCUUCAACCUUCGCCUCUUUCUCUUCUUCCUCUCCUUCUUCUUCUUCUUCUUCGUCUUCUUCUCUUAACAGAAUUAUCCACAGAACCUUCCAUUUCCACUCUCCUUCCCGUCCCUUCACUCUCAAACACUUUCAACCUAUGACAGCUCAUCAUCAUCACCACCAUCAUCUUCCCAACGCUUCAGCUUCAUAUGGCACUGGGAUUGGUCCUGAAGGUAAUAGGGAGAUACUGGUGCAGCAUUUGUUGGUCAAAGAAAAUGACCAGAAGUUGCUCUUGGAUCUUCAGCAGAGAAUCUCUUCAGGUGAAGAUUUGAGUGAUCUUGCUGUGGAAUAUUCAGUGUGUCCAUCCAAAGAAGAAGGAGGAAUGCUUGGAUGGGUCAGAAAGGGGCAAAUGGUUCCCGAGUUUGAGGAGGCUGCAUUUGGUGCUCCUUUAAACAAAGUUGUAAGGUGCAAAACAAAAUUUGGAUGGCACCUGCUGCAAGUUUUAUCUGAAAGGGAAGAAUCGAUACUCCAAGAUAUUCAACCUCAAGAGCUGCAAGUGAAAAUGCAGGAUCCCAACUUUCUGGAGGAGGCACAGUUAAUCGAUGUUCGAGAGCCUGAUGAAGUGGCCAAAGCAUCUUUGCCGGGAUUUAAGGUUCUUCCCCUCCGGCAGUUUGGGGUAUGGGGUCCUGAAGUAGCUACCAAUUUUGACCCUAACAAAGAUACGUAUGUUAUGUGUCAUCAUGGCAUGCGAUCACUACAGGUUGCCAAGUGGUUGCAGUCACAGGGUUUUAGGAAAGUGUACAACAUUUCUGGUGGAAUUCAUGCAUAUGCUGAGCAAGUUGAUCCAUCAGUCCCCACUUACUGAUAUAAUCUUUUAUUUGAGAGAGGAUUUUAGCUGGAAUUCUUUUCUUCUAAUUGUUACUUUGUGAGGAUAUUCUGUUUUUGUGUUAUACAAAUACAAUGUGACCUUUUACCUAUUAUUAGAACUGUGAUUCAUUUUA